UUUCGUUUCUCGGAUUGACACUUCUUGGUACAAUCAACUCUAUCCAGAUGCAAAAUACUUUCAUAUAUUUUCAUUUUUAUCUUUAAGUCGUCACAUCUCCGCGGCUUUUCUCAAAGAUAUCAACUUCUGCCUGGGCCGGUUGAGUCACCGGCUCUCUAUCAGAACACCAGCAGUGCUACCGUCAACAUGAGUAGACCUUCACAUACACGGUCUCCGAGUCCGUCAUACCAUGAUUUUGAGCGGGGAUAUUUGCCUUCUAGCCAACAGUCAUACAAUGAUGCAAAUGCAAGUAUGCAAUCAAUGACCAUAUCGGAUCAUGAACCUUUCGGAAGCCCGACUGGCGACUAUGCAUUUGCGGGCUCGCCGUUCACGUCUCCUUAUCCUCAGCAAUCAGCUGCGUCUGCAUUCACCAAUUUGAAUUCAGCCCAGCAGGUCGCCGAUUAUGCACUACCACAGAACUAUAACCCUUAUUCAAUGGAUGUUAUCCCGUCAAACUUAGCUACAGCCUCAGGACAGAUUCCAUUUCCAUUGUCAGGUCCACAAUAUUACCCACCUAACGGUACCUACAAUGAGCCUGGCAGUAGUCAAAUGGUGGAUAACUCUGUCCAUUGGCAUCCCGGGCUAGUCGACCUAUCUUCGGGCCAACCAUCUAACACAUAUGGCUUGGAUAAUGUAUUGGAUACAGAGGACUGGUUGUCCCCCGUGCCACCCACGGGGUCAAGCUUUACUGGUGCAGAUUCUGGUCUAAGCUAUGACUCCGGGGCAGAGGGCGUAGUGCUGGGAUCUAGCAGCACAAAUGCUGGGAGCUCUCGCACAACCCCGAGCCAGGAAAAGCGUCCCCGGAUAGUGACGACGCGCGAGGAUGGCAACUAUGAGUGCACAGUGGACGGCUGUGGCAAGCUGUUCAACCGCAGCUAUAACUAUCGAGCACACAUGGAAACACAUGACGCGGACCGAGUCCAUCCGUUUGUUUGCGCUUUGCCUGAUUGCAUGAAGAGGUUUCGGCGGAAGACGGAUUUGCAGCGGCACCAUCAAUCGGUGCAUAUAAAGGAGAAGAGCCACCAGUGCGAAUACUGUGGCAGGUUUUUCUCGAGGAAGGAUACUCUUGGGAGGCACAAAGAUGACGGAUGUUCCAAGCAAUUUAACUUAUCAGUUUGAAGAUCAUAACCCAUACUUGCCGCAGGGCAGAUUUAAGCGACGCGGGGACAAAGAGACGGACGACAUUCCUUUGCUUUAGCGUGAUGUACUUCUAGCGGAUUUUACGGCCUUAACUAUCAUGAGUGCUAUUUAGAAGAGGGUAGCCGCGGCUACCUGUUUCAGCGGUUUUAUAUGAGAUGCGUAUAUCAAUAGUGGUAGAUUGGAUACUACAGCGGAUUUGAUUUGUACUAAAUGAGAUAGCAACGAGU